GCUUAGAUCAGCUGAGUGUGAAUCGCCUUGUUGUUUCUGAAGUGCGCAAUUUAUUUCGUGCGGAUGUUUUUUUGCGUGUGUCGUUACCUUACCCAUAACGUACCAGGAAAGGAUAUAUUGCAGUAUACUGGAUACAGUUACCAGUCAGUUUAACUACUGCUAACCAUUGUAUUAAUGUACUAACGACGUGCUUCGUGUGUAUCGCCGGAGUAUCGAAAUCGAAAUAUUCGGCGAAUCUUGUGUUGGCUGAUUUAUAUAAAGUCUGUAAUUUUGCUACUUGGAAUUUUAUCUCGGGCUGCUCGUAUCGACUUCAACUAUGGAUAUGAACGUAAAUGGAUAAGGAAAGAUUCGUCCUCGUUACCAGUUUUAAUGUUUUCGGGAAUUGAGAAAAACCCCGCGAAAUCCACGCAUUCAUUUGCGUAAGUAAACAAGCGAGUUGUUAACACCGAAUAUAUUACCUAUUCAGUAGGCUUCUUUCAUUUUUACUAAUCAUGAAUGCCAUAAUAGCUCUGUGUCACUUUUGUGAGGUGCAUGGGCCGAGUGUUGUGUUAUGUACUCAACCGUUUCACGCUAAAGUCGCCAAAGAUAAAGUACAACAUCAUUGUGGUGGUGACGAUGGGACUGAAAACUUGUCCGGUGACUGGUUCUUCAACAAGGAUCGUCGACCGAAGUCGUCAUUAUCGUCAACAUCGGCUGAAAGGCCACCGACACCUACCAGUAAGACAUCGGACUCUUGUGAGGCAUGCAGAUCAUUUGUACCUGGGCAGUCAAAUUUCAUUAGUAAAGAUACUGACGCAGCAAUUAAUUACAUGUCAAGUCAAUAUCCAGAGCACUCCAGACUCUACAGUAUUGUCAGGCAGGCAUGUCUUAGAAGUCUCAGUUGUGAGGUGUGUCCAGGAAGAGAAGGACCAAUUUAUUUUGGUGAUGAGCGUAUGAAUGUUUUAAGUCAUACAUUUUUUAUGAAGGAUAGCCAAGCAAGAGGUCUCCAGCGAUGGUACAGUGUUAUAGUCGUUAUGAUGGAUCGAAUAUAUCUACUUAAUUCAUGGCCAUUCCUUGUGCAGAACAUUCGGCAACUCCUUGAUGAAUUGCAGUCAAAAGCCGAGAAAGUUUACAAAGCCGAGCAGGCUGAGGUUCCCCAGCGAGCAAAGCGAAUCAAUAGCGAGUUUAUGACACCUGGUAACUUCCGCCGCCAGCGUAGUUCCGGAGGUAAACCAGCCAGGUCAUUGGUCGAUUUAACAAACGAUAGGAAUAUUUUUAAAUAUUUACACAUGUCAUUUGCCUGGAUACUAAAGGCAUGUGGAAAUCGCCUGACUGAGAAAGUACUGGAAGGUUCACCGACAGAAGAUGCACUGAUACACUUAGAGAAACAAGAAGGUGAGAAAAUCUUUCGUAAAAGCAUUAAUUUUUACUUGUAUGUCAUUGUUUUGAUUACUCGAUCAUAUUCACCAAUUUUGAAAUUCUUAAAUUUUUAUUGAGUUGUAUUGAUGGAUUUAAUUUUGCAAAAACCAUGCAUUGCAGAAAACACAAUCCUAAGUCAGUUGUCUACAUUGUAGUAACUGCUACUAUCAUUAUUCGAGUAUAUUUAUUCGAUAACCAAUAAUUACAAAUUUUAUACAUGUCAAAUGUCCCCAAAAUCAUUGUGACGUGUGUCACUCCUGUUCAUUUCUUCCUAAUGUAUACACUUGUAUAUAGCUGCCAUGCUGGAUUGUUACAAUUACAUAACCACCCAAGCUCCCCUCUGCUUUGAAUGCCACCAAAGAAUGGAUCACAGACCCCUCUAUGCAGGGAUAGAGGGACUGCGAACAAAUCAACAGCAGUGUUUUUUUUUAGUUAAACAAUGCCCUGCCUUUUUUAAAUGCCACGCCACAACCCCCUUUUUUAUGCUGAUCACUGUGGGUUGAUGAAUGGCUCUUUGUAAUAAGAAGUUUUAAUUGAAAUCUUUAUUUUCUUUAACCAAUGAAUGUUUGGAAUUUCAUCCCAUUGUCUGAUUCACAUGGAAUGUGAUCAAUUAAUACUCUGCAGAUUAGUUUGUUAAUUGCAUUUGAUAUUGAAUAUAACAAUGUUUGUCUGUUUCAAUCAAUCAAUCAAUCAGAGUACAGACAAAAAUACAACAUGCACAUGGCUCACCCUCAUCCCUAUGCCAGAGUAUCUUGCCACUGUAAGCAGACAUGCACCUCAGUACGCUGCAGUUAUCGUCCUAACUAAUUAGUAUGCAUAAAUACAUUUUUUAUGCGAUGAAUCAUAAUGUAGUUUUCAACGGUCCAAUUUCUCUAGUCACGGAAUAAGUGAUGACCAAACUUCCAAAAAAUAUACAAAUGUUUAGUCCUUUUAAAUUUGAUUCCUUAGUACAGUAAUCCGGGGGGUAAUGGAAAUGAAAUUCUGAAAUGAAAGAAUAAUAAAUAUAUUAAUAAAUAGAACAACAAAUGCAGCUUUCUGAUUUAUGUAUGCAUAGCAAAAAAUACUGUAAUUUUCUGAUGUACCUAUUCAGCUUUUUGCUUUUAUUUUUCUGAAAAGAAGUAUUUGCUUAUGUAAUGUUUGUAGCCAGCCGUGAUGCAUUCCACAAUUACCGAAUGGAAUCUUACUAAUGUACUUUGCAAGUUGUUUAAUCAUUCUAAAAAAAAAAAA